CUGGCCUCUCUUUCUGCUUCUAAAACGCGGGGGGGUCUCGUUGCUGCCAGAAAUUACCGAUUUGUCUGGAAACUAGCUAUCCGUUGACCUUUUGUAAAUGGAAAGUGUUUCUUCAAAAGAGAAAGAUAACAUGACAUCCCGCAAACGAAAAAGGGAAGGGACGAGUGCUAAAACCGAGGAGAACAGCUCUGAGUCUUGCCUAAGUCAGCCGAGCGAUCAAAGUGUUCAUGAAGUCAUAACUUACGAGCCAUCUAAGUUGCCAGCAAUCCACUAUGAUCCUGACACAACUGAGCCCAUCAGCUGCAGUCUGAAAUCUCUCGAGGAACUGUUGUCGUGGAAACGCAAUGAAGCAAGUCCUUUUAAUGUAGCCACUGUGCCUUUGGCUAGCAGGCAUCCUCCACUGAACAGCUGCCCUAGACGGACAUUGGUGUCCCAUGACAUGAUGGGUGGCUACCUGGAGGACAGGUACAACUCAGAGGUUAACGGUUUGAUUUUUAAGUAUGUUAUGUCAGUUUCUUUAGUUUUUUUUUUCAUGGUCCUGUCUUUUCUGCUGAGGUUCAUUCAAGGUGCAGAGGUGGAGAUGCCAUAUGCUUUCUAUCACUGGGAGUAUAUCGACAUCUUCAACUACUUCAGUCAUCAGAUGGUAACCAUACCUCCUGCGGUUUGGACAAACGCAGCACAUAAGCAUGGGGUGCUCUCUAUAGGCACGUUCAUCACGGAGUGGACAGAUGGAGCAAAGACGUGCGAGGCCUUCCUUGCAGAUGAGGAGAGUUACCGCGCUGCUGCUGAUAAGCUGGUUCAGAUUUCCCACUGCUAUAGCUUCGACGGCUGGCUCAUUAACAUAGAAAAUACGCUGAGUGAGACUGCGGUGAAGAACACUGGACCCUUUCUCCGCUACCUCACAGACCAGAUGCACGAGCGCGUUCCAGGCAGUGUGGUGAUCUGGUAUGACAGCGUGCUGAAAAACGGCUCGCUCAACUGGCAGAACGAACUCAAUGAUGACAACAGAAUGUUUUUUGAUGCCUGUGAUGGAAUAUUUACUAACUACAACUGGACAGAGCAGAGUCUGGAGUGGAUGAAGUCCUACUCUGCCGCUCAGGGCCGCUUUGCUGAAAUCUAUGUUGGUGUUGAUGUGUUUGCGAGAGGGAAGGUGGUCGGAGGGAAAUUUGAGACCAAUAAGGCUCUGGAGCUUAUUCGGAAGCAUGAAUUUUCAACAGCAAUAUUUGCUCCUGGGUGGGUGUAUGAGUGCCAUGAAAAGGAAGAUUUCCGCCAAAAUCAGGACAAGUUUUGGAAUUUGCUGUCUGAUUUCGUUUAUAUCCACCGGCCCUCGUCCAGUCUUCCCUUCAUCUCUUCAUUCUGUCAGGGCUUUGGAAAGAGCCUGUACUGGCGUGGACAGGUGGAGAUGAAGAGAAGCUGGUUUAAUCUGCACGCUCAGGAGAUCCAGCCUUUGUACCUUUCUCAGGACCUGAACAAUGAUGGCUGGCUGAGAAGUCGUGGCUGCUCGGACGACGCUUGGAUCGGUGGCAGCUCUCUGAUGCUGGAGGGCAUGGUUCCAUCUGGACUUUCUGAAGUCUGUGCAAGGAUAUUUUCUCUCCAUGUUCCCUUGGCCCCCAAGACGUUUGUUUCUUUUGUCUACAAGCCACCAGCGGGGGUUAAGAUAUCCUUGGAGCUCAAAACGAUAGAUGGUCCCCUGUGCACAUUCGAUGGGACGGAGGAAAUAGCAUCUAGCAGUGUGUUUCCAGAAGCGUUAGCAGAGGAUAAUCAGUUGGUUGAGCAGUUUGCGCGGAAUUGUGGCCGUUGGACAUUGGAUGGCUGGGCUACCAGAUGUUUCCUGUUGAAAAUGAAUGGCUGCUCACUGCGAGAAGUUUGUAUUCGUGUUUCCCGAGAUGAAGGCAAUGAAAAUGUUUCCUUCAGGUGCAGGAUUGGAGAGAUUAUGCUGUUAGAUGCAGAGAGUCUCCAAUCACCCCUGCAGUCAGUCAAAGGCAUCUGUGUGAAUGAUGUGGUGUGGCACACAGGUGCUUUGAAGGGAGACGGACACACGCUAAAGGUUUUUUUUAAUGCCACCUUACACUGGCAAUACCCCACCCAACAGGUCCGCCAUUUCCGGAUUCACUGGAAGCAUCUCCGCGGCCCUGACCCUCGCAACCCUCCUGGUCCAUUGACUCUGAUUGGCCGAUCCUACUCUAACCUGUACCGUGUGGUGGAACUGGAGGUGCCUGCUGCUCCGGGUCUCAUAGAGCUGGUGGUGGAGCCUGUGAGCAGAGAGGGAUUCAGAGUGCCUGAAGCACAGUGGGGCCGACGCACUGUCAGCUACAGCGCCAGUUCCCCGGAGAGCCCAUCAACGUGAAAGAUGACUGCCUUAAUACUCUAUAACUCACACGCCAUAUAAUCUCACUUCUAUUUUAUAUGCAGUAUAAAUGCGUGAUGAGUUGGUGCUAAAUAUGUAUUUAGUGGUUUUUGAAUGACUGAAAACUUUAUUGAAGAAGCGGCAAAUCAAAUUUGUACUAUAUGCAAUAUUAUAUACUUUAUUAUAGUAAAAGCCGUUUUAUGUA